CUUCGAUACCGAAGCAUAGCAAAAGUUUUGCUUGGUAACAAAGACAAGUGACUUUAUCKYGGGUUCCUUGRAAUUAAUUCACGGCAAAACUAUGGAAAAAGGGACUACACAAAGUAUUCCAGUUUGGUCUCGAUACCAUCCAGUGGUACCCCAACGAUAUGUACCACAAUGGACGCAAGACAUGGUCAACAGAAAUUUGAUACUUGAGAAUACAAAGCUUACAGACUAUCCAAAUGGACCUCAUGAUACAAGUGUUUACUUAUGCCGACGUGAGAGACUAAGCAAUGUAGAGCCAUCAUACAUGGUGAACAGCAAAUCUAUCAAGGUUCCAAGAGAACGACUUCUUAGACCAUGGUUCCAUUCACCAUUAUCAAAAUUCCAAAGUAGUCUGAUGUUCAGAAAAGCAUAGUGAUUCUUUGAUCUAAUGUUCAACUAUGUGUUCUAAUUGUGAAUCUAAGACCCAAUGCAUGUUGUGGUGGUCAGCGAUCUCAGUGUUAUGUGAUGGAAAAGUCUGAAUGUGAUGCAGGCCAUCUGGGAGAGUACACACACUUAUUUCAAUGUAGACAAUAGGUGCUUGAUUAUAUUCAAUCAAAAUGUCAAAAUAAACUGGAAUUUGUCUCCUAAGCACUUAAAUUAAUUGACAAUGUGAAGUUUUAGCUGAAUUGGUUGCCUAUCAAUAAAAACAGCUGCCAGUAAAGAUUGAAUAGGUGAUUUGCACUACGACAUCUUAUAACUACCAGAUUGCGUUGCCAUCUUUAAAUGUUACGUAAAUUAAAUUUAAUUGUUUAAAUGAUCUCAAAAUCAGAAUAACGCAUAAAUAARCUGAGAUUUCUAGCAAAAUCAUGCCUUCAUGCAUAUAACAAAUAUUUGUAAAAUAUCUAGGAAAUUUGCUCUUGCAUCCUGUGUGCACUAGUAAUCCCAACAAGCUUGAUUAUGUCAUAAGGAUUGUCAUUAAUUAAUAAUCUGCGUGCUUCAUAGUCAAUCAGUGCURAUAUGACAGUCUGUAGUCGGCGCCCAGAUAAGAUACAAAUAUAUUACUCUUCUUAUUCCUUGCAAUGUGUGACAUAUCGGUGUGUUUUUCUUUGUAAAAAAUAAAAUUUGCGGUUGUAUCC